ACCUUAUGUUGGAAAAUGAGACUCAAACAAAAACUUCCAAUACUCCAAGUUUCAUCAAUGCUUUUCAGCCAAUAGCAAUGUCACAAGACCUUGAUUUGUCACGACUAUAUGAAGUACAGCAGAAAACUCUUGGAUCCAAGCAUACAAUCCAUGAAACGAUAGAGAAAAUUGAAGCUGCAGCAAGGGAUGUGUCUCUGUCUAUUGAAAGGAAGAACAAUUCGAAGUUGAAAAUUCAUCUGAAAUUGAAGAUGAGUAGAUCAUGCUUUAACCUAUCAGCAGAGGUAAUUGAAGUGGCACCCACACAUUGUGUAAUGGAAAUAUCAAAAUCUGAUGGGGAACUGGGACUGUACAGAGAGUUCUGCAAAAGUUUAUCAAUUAUGCUGACAGAAGAAACAGGUGUAUCAACUGAAAAUCAAGCAGCCAAGGAAGUAAUUGUCAAUAGCAAAAAUAUGUUAUCAAACUAAAGGAAGGCUUGGAUCUGUGUGAAAUAUUGUGAGGAAAAUAUUUGGGG